ACGUACUAAUUUGAAUGACAAUUUGUUUGGAUUUCGAACACUGACAGGAGAACCAAAAAUGGCGGUGUGUGACGUCAUCACUAAUAGCGUAUUCGCCCAAAGGUACAUAACCCUCCGAUCUAGCCACGGCAACGUCUAACAGUACGGCUUAUUUGAUUUGAAAGGAUUGAAUUCUGCUUCUGCAUAUCAAAAUAUUUUUAGACAUCUACUGCUCACUACUCUGUGGCUUCUAUUUAUUUUCAAUUGAUGUUCUAUUUUAUAUUUAGGGUAGAAAAAUUCUUUUAUCGUUAAUUAAUCUAUUGAAUUUUGAAUAUUAUACUAUAUUCUCUUUUUCUUUGUGAGAUAAUGUGUAUUGAAAUAUUGAAAGUUUUAAUACUUUAGUAAAGAGUCUCAUUGCUCUUGAAGUGAAAUAAUGGAUUUAGCAGAAACUAUGAAGAAUGUUCUUGCAAAAGGAAUGCAACAAGCUUCAGUAAAUGAUAUUGCUGCAUCCCCUUUGGGUUUUAGUGGAACGGGAUAUGUAACAGAAAAACUGUAUAUGCUUUUACAAUUAUAUUUGCAAAAUAAGGGUUGGAAUCCUUCAGUAGAGCUUCUUCAAUGUUUUAGUGAACUUAAAGAAACAUCAAUGCUCCCCAGUGCAGCGUAUUUGCAAAUGAUGGCUUCUCGGGUAACACUUGAUUCUCAAGGAAGGUUGAUAUUGAGGGAAAAUGGAAAAAUUAUAUUACCAUUUGAACAUUUUGCAAAUGCAGUGAUGUUGAAACAUAUGAAUGGCCCACAUGGUUUGCAUCUUGGAAUAGAAGCUACCGUUAGAGCUGUUAUGGAAUCUUACACAAUAGGAAGAGAAAACUUCGGAAUGGAGAAAGAGUUCAUCAUUGAAGUAGUUCAAAAUUGUCCGAAUCCAGCUUGUAGGUAUUACAAAAGUCAAAUGGAACUAACUCAAAAGACGUUGCAACAUUUGGGAAACCCAAAUUAUCUAGCUGAGCAGGCUGCUAAUAAUACAGAUGUUAGAAACAGAAUGUCUGGAGUUGAUAUGGUAAAUCAAAAUACUUUAGACUCAAAACAGAAUCAACAGCUUAUGGAACGUCCAAAAUCAGUUGCUCCUCCAACUCAGCAGCAGAUUACAGCGGCCCUUAUACAACAACAGAACCGAGUUUUGGCUCAACAAAACAUGGAGAAAAUCAAUGUUAAUUUGGAAAAGCAGAGACAUAUACAGCUUCAACAUCAAAUUGAUAUGUCUAAAAGCCAGUCAAAACCACCUCCACAAUAUGAAGUUUCUAUAGGAGAUCAUAAAGUUUCAGAUUUUCUGAGAACUAAUUUGGAUAAUUUGGAAGGUCUUUCUGCUGCAAAUAAAGAUUUAUUAGCUUUACAUAAUGGAGCAUGGACAUCAACCAGUGCAUCACAAUUGAAAGAAGAUGUGAGAGGUAACGAAGGAGGACAAGAUAAAAUAAUAAGAGCAUUUUCUGAGGUAAUGAAGAAUAUGGCAAGAAUGAAGACUUAUGUUCGUCCAGCAAUGUGUAAACCUUAUGGCAAACAGUCAGAAGCUCUUCAAAAAACUCUAAUUGAUACUAUUCAACUUAUACAAUCUCUAAGAAGUUUCCUCCCUCCUCCUCAUAUACAGGUAAGUUCAUGGAAGAAUGAAGAUAAACAUCGAUAUGAAGAAACCUGAUCACAAAAUUGCUGAAAUGUUGCUAGUAGAUUCAGGUAUUAAAUGAAUAAGGUGUUGAACAGUAUGAAUUUUUUUCUUAAUUCAUUCAUGAUUUAGGCCUAUUUAUGAAUCAUUCUUAAGAACUAAUGGUGUGUUUAUGCACCGUUCCUAAGAACUAAGAAUUGAACUCUUACAAAUCAAUGAAGGCGUUUAUGCGUUAAUCCUAAGAACUGAAACAACGACUAGAAAGUUCACCAACUUUGAAGAACAACUUUCCUAGU